AUGCUCGGGCUGCCUUAUCCUGGAGCUGACCGACACCUGUCCUUCCAAACCAAGACAACUGGAUGCACCUGCCCAUUGCUGGCACUGGUGGGCAGACCCUGGGCACACGUCACUGUGCCCAAGUCAAUCCUGCGUCAAGCCCAGAAGCACUGGGGAGCGGGAGAAGCCGCAGCUUCAGAGCGGAAAGUGCUGAACAAAUAUUACCCACCGGACUUUGAUCCGGCAAAGAUCCCGAAGCUCGAGCUCCCCAAGGACCGGCAGUACGUGCUGAGGCUGGUGGCCCCCUUCAACACGAGGUGCAAGACAUGUAGGGAGCACAUCUACAAGGGCAAGAAAUUCAGUGCCCACAAGGGGACAGUGCAGAACGAGGUCUACCUGGGGCUGCCCAUCUUCUGCGUCAUCAAGUGCACGCGCUGCCUGGCUGAGAUCACCUUCAAGUCAGAUCCCAAGAACACAGAUUACCCCGUGGAACAUGGUGCCACAAGGAACUUCCAGGUUGAAAAGCUCCUGGAGGAGGAGGAAAAGAGGCUGCAGAAGGAGAGGGAAGAGGAAGAGCUCAACAAUCCCAUGAAGGUCCUGGAGAACCUGCAGGAGUUGAAGCUCAACCAGUGCCAGGCCAACGUGGAUUCUGAGGCCACGCUGAAGCAGUACAAGGAGCUGGAGGAGGAGCAGAGGUGCAAGAAGCAGGAGGAGGAUGAACAGGAGAUGAAGGCCAUGGUGGAACAUGCCCAGAACCGCCGGCUCCUGGUGGAUUCUGACUCUGACAAGGAACCAGCGAAACCCUGCCCGAAUCCCACAGCCCAAACAAAACCCACAGACGUCCUGCAGGAGGACCCCCAGCUCCAGAGCAAGAAGCCAAGGACGGAGAGCUGGGAGCAGAGCGUGGGCAAGCUCAGCAGCAAGGCCCAGCUGGCCGGGCUGGUGGCCCGCAGGAUGCAGAAGCCGGAUCCUGCCCUGCAGAACAGGAUGGAAACACAAGGCACUGCGGCCAACACCACCUCGCUUCCAGCAGCAGCAGCCACGUCCUCACUGGAUUUGUUGGGAGCCUACUCACACAGCGAGGAGAGCACCAGCAACUGA